CCAGCGGUCUGCAUGAUGUCAUCCAGGGAUGCGUUCGCCCUGGCAAUGUUGAAACAGGGUUUUUGGUGAGAGGUAGAGGAUUUAUUCCGAAGUCUUACCGAGAGGGGGGGAAGAGAGAGAGAGUGUGUGUGUGUGUGUGAGAGAGAGAGAGAGAGGCGCGGAGGAGCUGCAAAACAUGGUAAUCACCGGCACCAAGCUCACCAUCACCAUCACCAUCACCUCCAGCUCUGCCGCGCACUCUCCCGUCUCCUCUCCUCCUCUGCACCGGGGCUUGCGUUUCAUGCCCAAAGCCCUGAUCCGCGCUCCAAAAAUAACCCUCAGCCAGCAUGCCGAAGGAAGCAAAACAAGAAGAGCGGUAUUUUUAGGGUCAUUAAUUUCGACCACGUGGCCCGAAGGUAAACCGGAUGGCCGUUGCGCAAAGGCUCCUCGUCAGUAUGUCCUGCGAGGCCGGCACGCCGCACUGGACGCUGACCGCGGUGGUUCUUCUGGGCUUUCUGCUGGGGAUCGUGUCAGCGUACCCUUUACCGAGCAGCAGGACAAAUGCAACUUUAUUGGAGAAACGAUGGGAGACCCUCUUCUCCCGCUCUGUACUGGGGAUCUCCGGGGAGAAACCGGAGCUGAACUGGGAGACUGACUAUCUGCUGGGCAUCAAAAGAGUGCGGAGGCUCUACUGCAACGUGGGCAUCGGGUUUCACCUUCAGGUCCUCCCCGACGGCAGGAUAAACGGUGUACAUAAUGAAAACCAGUACAGUUUAAUAGAGAUCUCCACCGUGGACAGAGGAGUGGUGAGCCUGUGUGGGGUGAAGAGUAAGCUGUUUGUCGCAAUGAACAGCCGUGGGAGGUUAUACGGAACGAAAGUCUUCCAUGACGAGUGCCAGUUCAAGGAGAGCAUGCUCGCCAACAACUACAACGCCUACGAGUCUCUGGUUUACAGAGGCUCCUACAUAGCACUCAGCAAGCAUGGCCGCGUGAAGAGGGGCCACAAGGCCACCACUGCCAUGACUGUAACGCACUUCCUACCCCGGAUAUGAUGAGCAAAAACUGGCAAUAACAAACUCUUUUGCACAUGUGGAAUAUUUCCCAGGUAACAUAAAUACCAUAUACGUACGUACAAACACAAAAGACAACACAGACUGUAAAAGAAAGAAAUACCACUAUAUCUGAUAGUAUUUAUUCAAACUUUAUAUGUAUAUUUGGGUAGCUUCCUUUGUAUUAGAAAUUAUGGAAAUGCCAUUCUUUGCUGCUUUUAUGAUUUUCAUAAUUUUGUGAUUAUGGAGUGGAUGGAGAGGCGUCAUUCAUCCCCAGUUUAUAUGGGUGCUUGCUGGAAUUGGUUGAGUCCUUGGCCUGUCCGCAGAUGACAGUUCAUCCUUUUGGAAAUGAAAUGGAUACGUUAUUACCUCAAAGCACUAUAUCCUGAGAAGAAGAGCAAGAAGAAAAAGAGAAAUGUGUGCAUGAAAUUUCGACAGAGAAGAAUGCCUGUUUACUGAAUAUGUUUCUGUUGUCAUCCAUCAAAGACUUGAGCACUUCCCUUCCUCUUUGUUCAAUUGUCUCCUUCACGGUCAGGGCAACUACAGCGUUUGCAAAUAUGGCGGUGUUUUUUCUUUGCUUUGUCAUGAGGUGGUGGUGGUGCCUUGAAUUCCUACUUGCGGCCCCUUACCCUUGCAUGCAAGAAACGCGGUGCUCAAGUCAGAAAUAGGAAUGAAACGCAAGUCAUCUCUCCCUCAGACACCACCGGGAGGCUUUAGCCCAAUUCCUGAAGGGCCAGAGGUUUCUCCACUUAUUUUCUUUCCAUAAUUAGAUCAAUUAAGUCAUUGAGACUCUAUACUGCACAGAACCCAGUGGAGCCUCUUGUUAUUAUGGAAAGCUAGAUUUAGAGUCAGCAUCCCCCCCCCCCCCCAUCAUGUCCAAGGGAGCUUUGACAAUCCCCGGUUUUACUUUUACAAUGAGUGUGUGGUAUAUACAGUAUGUGGGCAUGCUUUUAUUUCAAGUAUGUGUGAGGAAUUACACAGAUGGAGAGCUGCUCAACUUGAAAAGGGCAGCUCAAGCGAGCGUCUGUGUAACAAAAUAUCAUCGACCUGUCACUAUAGAGAAAGAUUGUCCUCUGUUUCUGUCUGCUGUGUACUUCCCUCCAGUUCAAACUGAGUUGGUCAAAUAUGGUGCAUCUGGUGUAUAGCCUUGGUACUUUGACAAUUUAUAAGGUUUCUCUUUUUGCAAUGUUGACCUGAUAGCAAAGUGACAGUGGGAGCGGAGGAUUUCACACUGGUUUGAGUAUAUUUGGCACAUUUAUGCAGAAACAAGUGAAGUUACACAGGAGGUGAUUGAGUUGUCAGUUCACUGUAAAUAUAAUGGUUUGCUGCAUUCAUUUGAAGUUGUGUAGGAAACUGCUUCACAGUUCAUGACCGUGAUGGUCUGUCUGACUUUUCAAAGAUGUUGACUGCGCUUUUGGAUCCAAGAUUUUAAAGCUACGUAUACAUUGUCAUGCAUAUAUUUUGUAAAUGCAAGACAUAUAUGGAAGCCCUGAGAGGCAAGUGAGGAAAACAAAUCUGCAGAUAUUUUUAAAUCUGAUCUAUGUGCUGCCCAGGAUAAUCUCUUCAAGUUGCUUAUACAUUUUUAGUUAGGUAAAAACCAGUUCUGCUGUUGAAUAAAUGUUUCUUUUUUGUCAGGAGAAUUUUUUCCUGGUUAGUUAUGGUUGAAACACGAUUUAUACAUAUAUUGAUAUAAUCAUAAUACAUUUAGCCUGAAGACACACAGUAAUAUGUACCUUGUGUUUAGAGUGGAGGAAUACGUUUAGUCGUUUAAAGGAAAUGGGCUAGUAUUACACUUCAGCCUCUUGUUGCCAAAAUCAGUAUAACUACAACAAACACUUGAGAAAAUGUGUAACUUUCCAAAACCAGGACAUUAUUAUAGUUAUUCUUUUAAUUUAAGGAAAGUAAAAUGAUUAUCCUUGCAAACCUUUUUUAAUCAUAUUUAAAUAAUUUCUCUCAGGGCCUCCAUAGCCACAGUUAAGCUUCUUAUAAUUAUGAGCAAUGUUGCAAAAAGCAGUAAACAAGGGUUUUUGUUUGCAAUGUUCAUUCGGACUGUGUGUAUGCAGCAUACCAUACUUGAAGUGCUUGCACUCCUCUUUCAGAUAAUGUAGUUUUCCAUUGUGGAGACCGGGGUGAAAAGGGCAAAGAGCAAGCAAAGUUGAAGAUAGCAAUGAUGUACAGAGGACUUAUAAGGAACUCUGCAUGUGGCACUGGUUGUUUGUUUAACUCGGCAAGGAUGUGAAUAAUGCGGGGUAAAAUACCUGAGCAUCAGAGGAGCGGGCCCCUUGCGCGUCGACCUCACACUGGAGGGUCAGCGCAGUGGGUUCUCCUCCUAUUCAUCUCAGCCAUUUAUAUACCAAGGUCAAAUAUAUGGGCUUUCUUUUCUUUUCAUAACUGAUGUAUGCAUGUUUUCUGGACGAUGUUAAACCACUUUUUUUGUUUUCCGGGGCUCUGCACCUGUUGUGUUAUUUAUUGAUCAAGGCAUACAUGUUUGUCUUGUAAUGUGCAAUGCAGAUGUGAAUGAUUCUGCACCUUUCUCGUACUCCUUUAUACUCCUGAGCAGAGUCUUUUUAAUGUCAAAUAUGGCAUGAUAGAGCUUGAUUUUGUUUCUAUGAUUUUGAAUUCAGUUGUUACAUUGUGGUACUUGACUUGCAAUAUUCUGUACGUAGCAAACCACCAGUCAAGGCCAGUUUGUGAAAUAUGGUAAAGGGAAAGUAGCCAGGCUGUUAUAGAUAUACUGUAUGUUGUCAUAUUUGACCUUGUGCCCUUUCUAACAUUACUGUAACGCACUGACUAAAUGUCUGUGAGUAGGACAGUUCAUGUGCCCUUUAAGCUCCAGCUUGUGUCGAGUAGCAGAGACAAACGUGCGGUAUCUUUCCAGAAGAAGUGUGUUUGUAAGCAGGUGUGUGUGUGCGUGUGCAUACUGAGCCCGCUCCUGUCAUGUUCUGUUUCUGCCAAAGCGACAGUAGAGAUGGUAUCAGAUCAAUUUACCUUGAGUCAGGAAUAACAGGGCAUUGUCUGACUGCGCGCUGAUGUACUGUACUCUCCUCACAGUAGAGGAUACAGACGAGAAAUAGAGGAAAAAGGCAUAACGUAGGCUAUUAGCGGAUUUCUCUCAGAAGAAAGCACUGACUGGUUUGAGCUGGUAGUUAUGUAGCAAAAUGAUCACUUAAAAAAACAAUCGAAUGCUUCCAGGAAAGGGACUCUUGAGGUGAACAGGUUGUUUGAUGGACUGAAUACUGUGAUCUAGAGAGCAGCUUGACACUCCCGGGCUGUCAGGUUUAAUGUUAUUGAAUAUUACACCACUGAUAAUUGGUCAGUUUUUCUUGUUAUAUACUGUGCAUAAAAGUGCACUUUGAUCAGCGAAUGAUCACUUGUAGCUUUUUAUGGACUAAUUUUGUGGCAGUGAGGAUUUGGCUGAAGGAGUGUUUGUGGCUGAUUUGUCAGAGUAUACAAAAGGUGCAUUUAAAAAAAUGUGUUUUUGUUUAUGGUGCCACUUACUGAGCAAGGGCGGAUUAUAUUUCUAAUCCCUGACUGGCAAGUGGAAAAAUACAUUUUGGUGAUCAAUUGUAUUAGCCUGAUCUAAAAAAUAUAUUGUCCUGUGUUUAUGACAGGUGAAAAAGCGUUUGUUGUUGUAGUACCUAUUUAGGCCACAUGAAGCCGAAGUGCAACACUACAUUUAUGUCCUAGGACUAAAAACAUGAAUGUUUUCUUCCACUUCACUUUACAUUUGUCCCUAAAUUCUGAACACAGAGUACAUACAAUCCGCAUUAAUUGGGCGAUCUAAAAUCAGCAGGAAGAAAACAUGAUAGAACACUAGGAGCCGUGCAUUACAACACUACAAAUUAUCCUGACAAAACCGUUUAUGUUCACCUGGGAAAUGUCUCCCCACCUGUUUCACAUACAACUAAAGGUUCCUGGCUUCCGUAGUUUCCCUUCAUACUCUUUCAUCUAAACAAGCAGACAUGCAAGAUCAAAAGUGCUGUUUUUGACAACAUUGUGUUUAUGACUGUAUGACAUUUCUGAUUUAGUGCUGUAUUUUUCAGAGAACACUGCUAGCACAACAAACGAUGAGUUGAAUGGGUAUUGCAAAGUAAGAAUGGCCCCUCUAAGCUGUUUACACCGAAAGCUACUCAGCUUGGUGUCAGAUUUUGAAAGCUUGAGAAAUAUGACUCUGUUAGAAGUCCUACAACUUUAGCAUGAAGCUGUUUUGAGGCAGAAAAGGUUGUACGAUAGAGCGGUAACUGAGAGAAGGUAGUUAAUGGUAUGUCACCUUUCAACAUUAACCCUUACUUCCUUGAUUCCACAUUAUGCACAUAGAGUUCUGAAUGGACUAGGUAUAUGUCCCCCCCCCUUUUAUUUAGGAUUCAGUGUCUUGAUUUUGCCAUUGUGCUAAUCAUACCUGUUCGGCUAGUUUUAAAAUGUGUUGGUUCGCAGGGAACUAGAGGUCUGUGGGAGGAUCUGGGAUCAGAUUGGUGUGUGUGUGUGUGUGUGUGUGUGUGUGUGCGUGACCCUGUGUGCCGGCAGCCUUUGUGUUUCUCUCUCAGUUUUCUAUUCCUGCACUGAGGGGAGAGUGCUUCCUCUGAGUCCCCCUCCUCUUUUUUAACAUAUACCUCACCUUCUGCCUUAGUUCCGAUUAUUGAAAUGAUUGUAAAUUAGUUUGAAACAACAGACUUCUCCAAUCAUUUGUUUCUGAAAAAAAGAUGAUGAUGAGUAAGUAAAAAAACUAUAUUACAAAUGGUUUUCCUUUUAUUUUUGUACGUAUGUGCUGUGCACAGCAGUCGACUGUAUUCCUGAGAUGAUAAUAAAAGACGUUUUUUAAAA